AUGGUGAGGAAGAGGCAGGAGUCUGACCCGGAGGCUGCCCUGACCCAGCCAGGAUGGGGCUAUCUGAUUGCUGCUCCCUCUGUCUUCCGCGCGGGACUGCAGGAAGUCGUCAGUGUGACCAUCUUUAACUCCCCCACGGAAGUCGAGGUCCAGGCUCAGCUGGUGGUCCAGGGUGAGGCUGUGGCCCAGAGCCGGGGAGUCGUCCUCGAGAAAGGGACAGUGAAACUCCAGGUGCCCACGGGCCUCCGGGGCCAGUCGCUGCUGAAGGUGUGGGGCCGUGGCCGGUGGGCGGAUGAGGGCUCCGUCUUCCACAAUCAGACCUCGGUGACCGUGGACGGCCGGGGCGCCUCCGUGUUCAUCCAGACGGACAAGCCUGUGUACAAGCCCCAGCACCGAGUGCAUGUAAAUGUCUUCACCGUCUCCCCAGACCUGAGGCCUGUCCAGGAGAAGCUGGAAGCCUACGUGCUGGAUCCCCGGGGCUCUCGAAUGAUGGAAUGGCGACACUUGGAGCCCUGCUGUCUCGGUAUCACCAGCUUGAGCUUCCCCUUGUCCGACCAGCCCGUGAUGGGAGAGUGGUUCGUCUUUGUCCAGAUGCAAGGUCACGUGUACAACAAAUCUUUCGAGGUUCAGAAGUACGUGCUGCCCAAGUUUGAGCUCCUGAUCGAUCCACCCAGGUACAUCCGGGACCUGGAUGCCUGCGAGAGUGGCACCGUGCAGGCCAGGUAUACCUUCGGCAAACCUGUUUCGGGGACCUUAACUAUCAACAUGACGGUCAAUGGCGUGGGGUACUAUAGCCAUGAGGUGGGGCGCCCUGUCUUCCGGACCAUGAAGAUCCUUGGCUCCCGGACUUUUGACAUUUGUGUGAGGGACAUGAUCCCAGCAGAUGUCCCCGAGCACUUUCGGGGCAGGGUAAGCAUCUGGGCCAUGGUGACAAGCGUGGAUGGAAACCAACAGGUGGCAUUUGAUGACUCCACCCCGGUCCAGAGGCAGCUGGUGGACAUCCGGUACUCCAAGGACACACGGAAGCAGUUCAAGCCAGGACUGGCCUAUGUAGGGAAGGUGGAAGUGUCCUACCCGGAUGGCAGCCCAGCCGAGGGGGUGACGGUCCAGAUUAAGGCAGAGCUGACACCCAAGGACAACGUCUAUACCAGCGAAUCCGUGUCCCGUGGUGGGCUGGUGGAGUUUGAAAUCCCCUCCAUCCCCACGUCGGCUCAGCACGUGUGGCUGGAGACCAAAGUGACGGCGUUGAAUGGGAAACCCGUGGGGGCCCAGUACCUGCCCAGCUACCUCUCCCUGGGCAGCUGGUAUUCCUCCAGCCAGUGCUAUCUGCAACUGCAGCCACCCUCCCGCCCCCUGCAGGUUGGGGAGGAAGCCUAUUUUCCUAUGAAGUCCACGUGCCCCUGCAACUUCACCUUGUACUACGAGGUGGUCGCAAGGGGCAACAUUGUGCUCUCCAGCCAGCAGCCUGCCCAUAUCACCCAGCAGCGAAGCAAGCGGGAGACCCCUGCCUUAGAGACACCGAUUCGCUUAACACACCUUUCUGAGACAGAGCCCCCGACUGCCCCAGUAGCCGAGAUCAACGUGUGUAUGACCUCUCUCCGGCUAGCCGUGACCCCCAGCAUGGUCCCCCUUGGCCACCUGCUGGUCUUCUAUGUCAGGGACAACGGAGAAGGAGUCGCCGACAGCCUCCAGUUUGCAGUUGAGACUUUCUUUGAAAACCAGGUUUCGGUGACGUAUUCAGCGAAUGAGACCCAGCCUGGGGAGGCUGUGGACCUGCGGGUCAGAGCCGCGAGGGGCAGCUGCGUGUGUGUGGCCGCGGUGGAUAAGACCGUCUACCUACUCAGGUCUGGGUUUCGGCUGACCCCCGCCCAGGUGUCCCGGGAGCUGGAAGGUUACGAUGUCUCCGAUGCCUUUGGCGUGUCCAGAGAGGAUGGGCCCUUCUGGUGGGCCGGGCUGACGGCCCGCCGCCGCCGCCGUUCCUCCCUCUUCCUGUGGCCCUGGAGUGUCACCAAGGACUCCGGGUUUGCCUUUACCGAAACAGGACUGGUGGUGAUGACCGACCUUGUAAGCCUGAACCACCGGCAGGAUGGUGGCCUGUACACCGACGAGGCUGUCCCCGCCUUCCAGCCCCACACGGGAAGUCUGGUGGCCACGGCUCCCUCCCGGCACCCCCCCAGAACAGAGAGGAGGAAAAGGACCUUCUUCCCUGAAACGUGGAUUUGGCGCUGUCUCAACAUCAGUGACCCAUCAGGGGAGGAGACUCUCAGCGUGCAGGUCCCGGACUCCAUCACUAGCUGGGUGACCGAGGCCGUGGGCCUGUCCCCCACGCGGGGCCUGGGCAUCGCCGAGCCUGCCUUGUUGAAGACCUUCAAGCCUUUCUUCGUAGACUUCACGCUGCCCCCUCGCGUGGUCCGUGGGGAGCAGGUGAAGACCCUCCUCAGCGUCUACAACUACGUGGGUUCCUGCGUCGAGGUGUACGUGAAAAUCUCGGCUUCCAAGGGCAUCCGGUUUGUCGGGCAACCCGGCAAACGCCACGUGACCAGGAAGAUGUGCGUGGCCCCCGGGGGGACCGAGCCCACCUGGGUCGUGCUGUCCUUUGGCAACUUGGGGUUCAGCAACAUCACAGCCAAAGCACUGGCUUAUGAAGACGCCAGCUGCUGCCGAGAGGCUAAGCCCAGCAAGCACCCGGAGGAGAGUUACGCCGACAGGCGGGUCCCCGUGGGGACCGAUCACGUCAGGCUCGGUGUGAUGGUUGAGCCCGAAGGAGCCCCCCGGGCUUACACCUACAGCGCUUUCUUCUGUCCCAACGAGAGGGUUCACAUCUCCACGCCCAACAAGUAUGAGUUCCAGUACGUGCAGCGGCCCCCACGCCUCACCCGCUUCGACGUGGCCGUGCGAGCCCACAACGACGCCCGGGUGGCUUUGUCCUCUGGGCCCCAGGACACCGCGGGCAUGAUCGAGAUCGUCCUGGGCGGCCAUCACAACACCCGGUCGUGGAUCUCCACCAGCAAGAUGAGUGAGCCCGUGGCCAGCGCCUACACGGCCAAGAUCCUCUCCUGGGACGAGUUCAGAACAUUCUGGAUCGGCUGGCACGGGGGGCUCAUUCAGGUCGGCCACGGUCCAGAGCCAUCUAACGAGUCUGUCAUUGUGGCCUGGGCCCUCCCGAGGCCACCAGACGUGCAGUUCAUCGGCUUCUCCACUGGGUGGGGCUCCACGGGCGAAUUCCGCAUCUGGAGGAAGAUGGAGGUGGACGAGAGCUACAGCGAGGCCUUCACGCUGGGGGUCCCGCAAGGCGCCAUCCCCGGGUCGGAGCGAGCUGCUGCGUCCAUCAUAGGAGAUGUCAUGGGGCCCACCCUGAAUCACCUCAACAACCUCCUGCGACUGCCCUUUGGCUGUGGAGAACAAAACAUGAUCCACUUUGCUCCCAAUGUCUUUGUCUUGAAGUAUCUUCAGAAAACCCGGCAGCUCAGCCCAGAGGUAGAGAGAGAGACCGCUGACUUCCUGGUCCAAGGCUACCAGCGACAGCUGACCUACCGGCACCAGGACGGCUCCUACAGCGCCUUCGGGGAGCGGGACGCUUCGGGGAGCAUGUGGCUCACGGCCUUUGUCCUGAAGUCCUUCGCCCAGGCUCGCAGUUUCAUCUUCGUCGACCCACAGGAGCUGGCGGCUGCCAAGGGCUGGAUUAUCCGGCAACAGCGGGCGGACGGCUCCUUCCCAGCCGUGGGCAGGGUCCUCAACAAGGACAUCCAGGGUGGGAUCCACGGGACCAUCCCACUGACGGCCUACGUGGUAGCUGCUCUCCUGGAGACCGGCUCUGCCUCGGAGGAGGAGCGGAGCGCCAUUGCCAGAGCGAGGCGGUUCCUGGAGUCCGGCGCGCCCCUAGCGGUGGACCCCUACAGCUGCGCCCUGACCGCGUACGCGCUGACCCUGCUCCGCAGCCCCGCGGCCCCCGCCGCCCUGCGCAAGCUCCGCAGCCUGGCGAUCGCCCAGGAUGGCGUCACCCACUGGAGCUUGACAGGUUCCCGGAACAUGGGCAAGGACGCAUUCCUGAGUUUUGGCGAAGGGGUCUCCCAGUCAGUGGCCUCCGCUGAAGUGGAAAUGACAGCCUACGCCCUGCUCACCUACAGUCUCCUGGGCGAUGUGGCCGCCGCCCUGCCCGUGGUGAAGUGGCUGUCUCAGCAGAGGAACGCACUGGGGGGCUUCUCCUCAACUCAGGACACGUGCGUGGCCCUGCAGGCUCUGGCCGAGUACGCCAUCCUGUCCUACGCUGGUGGCAUCAACCUCACUGUCUCUGUGGCAUCCACCAACCUAGACUACCAAGAGACCUUUGAGCUGCACAGGGCCAACCGGAAGGUUCUGCAGACAGCCGCGAUCCCCAGCCUCCCCACGGGGCUGUUCGUGAGUGCCAAGGGGGACGGCUGCUGCCUGCUGCAGAUUGACGUCACCUACAAUGUGCCUGACCCAGUGGUCAAGCCAGCCUUCCAGCUGUUUGUGAGCCUCCAGGAGCCUGAGGCCCAGGGCCGCCCGCCCCCUGCACCCGCCUCCUCAGCUGACGGCCCCCGUGGGGACCGGCACCCAGCCGAUGACGACGACCCAGAGGCCGACCAGCACCAUCAGGAAUACAAGGUGACCCUGGAGGUGUGCACCAGGUGGCUUCACGGAGGGUCCUCCAAUAUGGCCGUCCUCGAGGUGUCCCUGCUGUCAGGCUUCCGGGCGGACAUCGAGAGCCUGGAACAGUUACUCCUGGACAGACACAUCGGGAUGAAGAGGUACGAAGUGACCGGACGCAAAGUGGUCUUCUACUUUGACGAGCCCGGCCCCUCACCUUGCUACCCCUUCAGCCCGUCACACGUCACCCCUCGACCCGCAGCUUUCGAGGCCACGCGUUUCUACAACGUCAGCGCGCGCAGGCCGCUCGCCCGGGAGCUGUGCACGGGGCCUGCUUGCAACGAGGUGGAGCGCGCCCCGGCGCAGGGCCCAGGCUGGUCACCCGGAGAUCGGGGUCCUGCAGUGGCUUCCGAGGAAGGGGCGACCAUCGCGCGCUGUGGCUGCUCCCGCGACUGCAGCGCCCCCCGGGAACCCGUGUGCGGCUCCGAUGGCAUCGUCUACGCCAGCGCCUGCCUUCUGGAAGAAGCUGCGUGUCGUAAGCGCGUGCACCUGGAGCCCGCGCCCCAUAGGCGCUGCACCCUCGAGCAGCUGGCACCAGCCUCCACACCCUACGCCUAUGAGGAUGACCCCGUCCCCCUGGAUUUGGGACACCUGCAGCAAGACGCGAAGUUCAGCACCGCAGACCAUGAGGCAGGGGACUCGGACCCUGAGCCCGAAGGCGAGGCCGAGGACAGCCAAAGCGGCUUCUCUUCUGAACCGCCGGCAGCCCCGCCCCGCGCAGGACCACCGGAUCUGGCUGCACUGCCCCAUCACCUAUGACCCUGUCUCCUGGCCAGACAGAUCCCGCCCCAGGUGACCCCAGCUGUGAGUGAACCCAGUGAUCAACAGGACAGCAGAGACCCGCCCAGCUCCUGAGGAGUCUCCAGGGUCCAAGGGCUCGUCUGCAGUGGGUGAUCUCAGUGGGGUGACAGCUGGAGGUCCCCUGGGCCCUCCCACCUCCCCAGCUGCAGCCGGAGCUUCCGGGUGCCCUACCCCCAACUCUGGGGCUGAGCAUCCCUGUCUUGCAACCUGACAUCUGCUUGCAGAAGGAACCGUCUGCUCCGUGCACAAAGGCGUCUCUGAGCGGACACCAACAGGGAUGUGAGGCUUAUGCCCUUCUUAGCAACUUUGAUCCUAAAUGAGCCUUUUUCUCUGAAAUACAAAAUCCCCACUUCCUUUGGGGUAUCCGGGCCACUGAGCAAUCCAAUCCUCCCUAGAUCGGGACCCUGUUUUUUUUCCAGAAGAAUUAGGAGCCUUGCAACCUCCACUGUCACCUCAGGGGUCCCUGAAUGUCCCAUUUUGAUCUGUCAAGGCCUUGGGGUGGGGAGAGGUGGGGAAAAGCCCAUCGCUCCAGGCAAGUGCACUUUCGGGGUCUCGAUCCCUGGGCUGGGUGACCUUCUGGGACUUCCCAGAGCACCCAAGCCUCCUGGUACCUGGUCUAGCCCGAAAGCCGCAUGCUCAGACCUGCCUGUCUCUGAGAACUCCCCGGCUGCCCCAGCACCCGCACCCGGCUCUGCGAUCCCUUCGUGUGACCCUCUGAGGGUCCCCGGUUCUGUUCCCCGGGAGGCAUCUUUGAGAUGGUAUUUAUUUCAGCCCACAUUGAUCGCCUAUCUCCACCUGGGGGCAGCAGAGAGACCCCUCGCUGCUUGAGUGGCUGCCCUGGCCAUGGGAUCCCUGGGAUCGUGAGAUUGGCAUUUCCCAGCACCAAUCACGUCUCACGCUGACCCUGGACCACCUACUAGGGACACGCCCAGGCCCUGGGGCCACCCGUGUCAGUUUCCACGGAGUCACGGAUGGGCUGAGGCCUGGAGUCUCUGGCCCCUGCCUGGCUUCCGUGGGACCCUGAGCUCCUAUUUCUUUAUCUCCAACCAGCUUUUCAGUGUGGGGUGCGUGGAGGGUUUAUUGAUGUGAGACACCUCCACCCCAAGACCAUCAGAGACCUCGUUGGAAGAGAUAAUACAGUGGAUCUUCCAAUGUUAUGCAAAGCGAGUGAUGAAAUGAUCCAUAAAUGUAUACGUUUCCUCUUUUCUUUUUUUUUUUUAAGUGCACAUGCUUUCGCCACCAGAGAGACAGAAAGCG